ACCUACAACCUAUACAGCUCAUGGCAACACUGAAUCCUUAACCAGUGAGGCCAGGGAUCGAACCCACAUCCUCAUGGAUACUAGCCAUAACAGGAACUCCUGGAAAGAUUCUUAAAAUUGGCUUUUGAAAUGAGCUUUUCCCCAUGUGGGCCCUUAAGGACAGUGAAGCCUACAAGGCUGGGUGAGCAGGACUUGCUCAAGUGUUUAGUCUGGUGGAUGCUGUUGCACCAGCAGAGACCUGCCCUUGGCCGGGCUUCAGGGCUUGGGUGACCAAAACCAGGCCCAGCCCAGCUGCAUGGGUCUCAUUAGCACAGACCAGGGCUCUGGGCCAAAGAGGGAAGUGGGAGUGACCUGCAGUGAGAUGGGCAAAAUGCAGGCUGGCGGUCAGAGAUGGGCAUGAAUCCCACUCUGCCAGGUGCCAGCUCGGGGGCAACCCCCCGAGCUCUUUGGGUUGGCCCCUCUCUAUAUGAAAUGAGAAGGCUGAACACAAUUUCUCAAUGGUACCAUCGGGCACCUACUCCCAGGGUGCCGAUCCAGCCCUGCUCCGUGGUAGUCCAUUCUGCUGUCCUCAAACCCUGACACGGAGGGUUUUAGAAUGCUGCCAGGGGGCAUGGAACAAAGGGGGCACACUGCAGGCUCUGCUGGCAUGGGAUAUACUGUCCUCAUGUCGGAAACAGAAGGACGGCUCUUGCCGUGCAGGGUAUCAAUGGCUGCAGCAAACACCUGCACGGGCCCUGAGCAGACUGAGCUGGCCACCCCCAGUCUGGGUCCCAGACCCUUUGAGGACUCUCUCUGGCCUGAGGCCAUGAACACUAGGACGCUCAGCCUGGAGCCCAGCGUGCAGUAGGCAUACAGGAAGUACUUGCAGAGCAGAAAAAAAAAAAAAACCUCAGGCCUGCAAAUGGAAGGAUUCCCGUGGUUGGGAUUUUUUUUUUUAGCAGCUGACCAUGACCAUGGAAGUAAGCUGGACCCAAGGCCACCUCCCCACUCCUCCUCCUCCCACUGCGGUGCUGCCAGGUGAAUAGUAUGCAUUGCAAGGGCCGUAGGCCACUGGCCACUGUCUGAUCCACGUAGCUGCUUCCUGAUACUCCCAGGCUGGGCAGAGAGGCUCAGUUGGUUCCCAGGACUAAGCCAGCCAGGCGGCGAGGCAAGUGCUGGCUGGGAAACAGCAAGCCCGCCCCAUCCCUGACCUGGUUCUGAUGGGCUCUAGAGCUCCCCCAGCCCCCAGGCAGGCUCAAGUAUUGAUUCCGGGGCCCUGCCCUCUGGGCACACUGAUUUGCUAAAGCAGAUGCCCUGCCUCACUGUCUCAGUCCGCUUGGCCGCUGUCACAAAGUACCGUAGCCUGGGCAGCUUGAACAACACAUAUUUCUCUCUCACAGUGCCAGAGGCUGGAAGGCCAAGAUCGAGAUGCCGGCCCAUUCAGUUCCUGCCGAUAUCAUCUCUACCGUUGAGUUCAACCACACUGGGGAGCUGCUGGCCACAGGCGACAAGGGUGGCCGGGUCGUCAUCUUCCAGCGGGAGCCAGAGAGUAAAAACACGCCGCACAGCCAGGGCGAGUAUGACGUCUACAGCACGUUCCAGAGCCACGAGCCGGAGUUCGACUAUCUCAAGAGCCUGGAGAUAGAGGAGAAAAUCAACAAGAUCAAGUGGCUCCCGCAGCAGAAUGCCGCCCACUCCCUGCUGUCCACCAACGAUAAAACUAUCAAACUAUGGAAGAUUACCGAACGUGAUAAGAGGCCUGAGGGUUAUAACCUGAAAGAUGAGGAGGGGAAGCUUAAGGACCUGUCCACGGUGACGUCACUGCAGGUGCCUGUGCUGAAGCCCAUGGACCUGAUGGUGGAGGUGAGCCCUCGGAGAGUCUUCGCCAAUGGCCACACCUACCACAUCAACUCCAUCUCUGUCAACAGCGACUGCGAGACAUACAUGUCGGCCGACGACCUGCGCAUUAACCUCUGGCACCUGGCCAUCACCGACCGCAGCUUCAACAUCGUGGACAUCAAGCCGGCCAACAUGGAAGACCUCACGGAGGUGAUCACGGCGUCCGAGUUCCACCCGCACCACUGCAACCUCUUCGUCUACAGCAGCAGCAAGGGCUCCCUGCGCCUCUGCGACAUGCGUGCGGCCGCCCUGUGCGACAAGCACUCCAAGUUAUUUGAAGAGCCCGAGGACCCCAGUAACCGCUCCUUCUUCUCCGAGAUCAUCUCCUCCGUGUCGGACGUGAAGUUCAGCCACAGCGGCCGGUACAUGCUCACCCGAGACUACCUCACGGUCAAGGUCUGGGACCUGAACAUGGAGGCGCGGCCCAUAGAGACCUACCAGGUCCACGAUUACCUUCGGAGCAAGCUCUGUUCCCUGUAUGAGAACGACUGCAUUUUCGACAAGUUCGAAUGUGCCUGGAAUGGGAGUGACAGCGUCAUCAUGACCGGGGCCUACAACAACUUCUUCCGCAUGUUUGACCGCAACACCAAGCGGGACGUGACCCUGGAGGCGUCCCGGGAGAGCAGCAAACCCCGGGCGGUGCUCAAGCCGCGGCGCGUGUGCGUGGGCGGCAAGCGGCGCCGGGACGACAUCAGCGUGGACAGCCUGGACUUCACCAAGAAGAUCCUGCACACGGCCUGGCACCCGGCCGAGAACAUCAUCGCCAUCGCGGCCACCAACAACCUGUACAUCUUCCAGGACAAGGUGAACUCCGACAUGCACUAGGCGCCCCGCGCGGCGGUCCCCGCCCGACGGUCCAACGGCCACUCGCGGAGCGGCCACCAGGGGGCGCUGGGCCGUCCCUGCAGCAUCCCCAGGCCCGACCGCUUUGGCGGGGGCGCUGAUCUCUUCGAAAACAGGAAAAAGAAUGUUCGCGGCUCGGAGUCAUCGUGACCGACGUGACGGUCGGCCUUGAAGUUCAGUUCUUUCAUCCUGUACUUUAACCGCGUGCAGUCUCCCCCACCUUAUUCGGAUUGUGGCGUCUGCGCGUUCCUUUUUCCCUCCAGCGGUUGCUUUCUGGGGAUGCAGGAGCCGCCGGAGCCGUUUCUCGCGCGCGCCUCGCUGGCCCCAGAUCAGGGCUCCGGGGACAGGUAAUGAAGCUCAAACAAGCCAGCCAGGGAUUCUUUUGAUGAAAAAUGGAGCCAUUGCCACUGUCUCAGAGCUGAGGUUCGUGCCGUUUUGCUUUUUGGAUCGUGGAUUCAUGCUAAGAAUUCGCAAGCUCCUCUUUUAGGUUAUUUUAAUGUCUUUCAAUAUCCCAGGUCCCUUACAGUUUCCUGAGAGGAAGGGGGUGGCAUCGAACCAUGUGUGUGCCUGUUAUCUUCACCAUCUGACCACUCUUCUGCCGCGUGCCAGGCGUGCUGCCCUCCCUCCGGCUGCUCUGCCGGCUCUCCUGUCAUCCUGCAGCCCUCAUCAUGGGCACCUCGGGGGAAUGUGCACUGCUCCCUUCGUGAUCUUUCUGAAUCUUCAUCAUGACCUUAAGAAGUGGGUGCCAUUCAUUUCCUCCAUAAGCGCCAACUGCUCACCAGGCGCCAGGCUCUGUGCCAGGUGCUAGGGAUUAAAGGUGGAUGACUCGUCUUCCCACUGUACACGUAGGGAAACUGAGGCCCAAGGUGUGCACCAGCCGAGGUGGGGGAGUCAGGAAUCUCAUUCAGCCCCCUCCCCCCACAAGGCGCUUCCCAACACACCGCGUUGGUGGCUCAUGUUAAAGCAGCAUGCUGGCCUGGAAGGUUCUAGAACCAUCUCUUCAUCUUACAGCAGGUGAGCCAUGACGCGGGUCCGGGGAGAACGGAGAUGCAGAAUGGAGAAGACCCCGGUUGCUCCUCGCCUGUUGGCUAAGGAACUCCACCCCACGACUGUCCCCCAGCGCCUUUCCCACGAGCACUGAACUGCCUCCAAAAGAAAUUUGCAUGUUACGAGCAUUUUAGGAUACAUUUUCUUUAAGGACCCACGGUCUCCAAGGACACUUCCCCGAGGGCCACAGAGAACGCGGUCUUUCCAGGACAGUUCCUCUGGCUCUGUCGGGACCAGAUCCGCCCAUGUGCCAGCCACGCCCACAUGUCUUUGCCCUUGGAAGGCAGCAGAACCCAUGGGGCUUGCAUUUUGAUUCAGAAAGCAGAGUGCAGAGGCCCAACCGAAUCCAACAUUUUUUUUUUUUCACAAGAUGUGACCUAACCCAGGAAAUAGACCCAACCCGAGAUUUUUCUCAACGGAUAACAGUGUCCUUUUUUGUGUGUGAAAGCACAAAACACAUGUGCACUCACUUCCGGCCAUACCAUAAUUACGCAAGGAAAUGGGUCCAUUGUUGUUUUUUUUUAAAAUCAACAUGAAUGAAGAAUGUUUGUUUAUAUAUCACUGUAAAAUCCAGGUGACCUGGACAGUAUUAUAUGUACAUAUCUAUUCUAAUUGCAAUUAAUCACAGGAUCAGAAUCCUUUUUCUCCCCUUUGUAAAGAGUUUCAAGGAUGUGGUACAUUGUAUAGAAAUCUUCUCGAAGCCAAAAUCCAGCUCUGAGGGCCUUACACAAUUACUCGGAUAUUUGGCGAGACCCGCUUCCCUUUGUGGUUCACAUGCAGUGGGGAAAUUUGCAUUUGCUCUUCGAGGUUGCUGUCCGAUCAGAGAUUUAAAGAGCGCACUAUCUCUACAAAGUGCGAAUCUUACACUGUCUUCAAAAGGAGGUCUUACCCCAGGUCCUGAUUCCUUACUCUGUUUUAAACUUUGGAUACCAAACCAAAAAAGAAAAAAAAAAGGAUCUUAGAAGAAGCAAGGAAACACGUCUUUGAAUCCCUGGAAAAGAAGACUGUCCAGAGCAAAUUGUGAAUAAAAUACGCGUUGAAAAAAAAGGCGUUGAGGGGGGAGGGGCUAGCCAAGGCAGAAGGGCCAGUAAAAUCGUCACAAACUUUGCUUCCUUACUGUUUCAAUUUUCUGCUCUUUUUGAAUGGACGGGCAUCCACCUCGUCAGUGGGUUGUUUUUGUUUUUAUUUCCAUACGCGCUGAGGUUCGGGCGCUUGGUGGCUUUGGAGACCUUGUGGAAUAGACUGGCCUGACCGGCUUGGACUCUGUAAUUCAUAGGUGCGUUCUUGUUUUCUUUGGUGUCUCACAAACUAUCCAACUGUUGAAUAAGAUUAUAAAUAUGUUAAUACCAGCUUUUUCCAAUAAAAUAACAAACGUUACAUCGGAAA